UCGGUCGCAAGUGAAGCAGCAGGAGUGAUGAUACAGAGGAAGGCGUGAAAACAGGGGAAAUAACGGUGCUUUGCGGAGUUGUUUGAAAGUCAAAUUAGCUUUAUGACAAGAUAAAGACUCGGAGAGAGCAGACGGGAUGAUUUUAGUGGCAUAUUUGUCGUUUUUUCUCCUAAUUUCCUCGGUCGGAGCAGCGAAGGAUGGGGACGAUGACUGGGUUCAUCUGCCCAACAAAUGUGAAGUCUGUAAGUUUGUCAGCAUCGAGAUGAAGUCGGCGUUCGAAGAGACAGGGAAGACAAAAGAAGUCAUCGAUACCACAUACUCCAUAGACAGAAAGGGGGCGUCGCCGAUCAAAUAUGUCAAGUCAGACCUGAGAUUCAUCGAGGUUGUAGAAAAUGUGUGUCAAAGGCUGCUGGAGUACAAUCUGCACAAAGAGAGAAGUGGCAGCAACCGUUUUGCCAAGGGCAUGUCGGAGACCUUCUCCACCCUGCAUGGGUUGGUGAAUAAAGGAGUGAACGUGGUGAUGGACAUUCCCUACGAGCUGUGGAACGAGACGUCAGCUGAAGUGGCCGACCUUAAAAAACAGUGUGAUGUGAUGAUAGAGCAGUAUGAGAACGUGAUUGAGGACUGGUAUAAAGGAAGCCAGGAGGAGGACCUGACCACGUAUCUGUGCGAGAAACACGUGCUCAAAGGACAGGACAGAGCCUGCCUGAACGAGAACUGGAAGAAGGGAGACCAGGCAGCGAUUGCGGAGGACAAGAAGAAGAAGAAAAAGAAGAAGGGAGGGAAGAAGGGCAAGGGCAAAGGUGAGGAAGGAGGCGAGGGAGGAGGAGACGGCAGCUCGGAGGGAGAGAAGGCGAGCAAGAAGAAGAAGGAGAAGAAGGUGAAGAAGAAGAAAAAGAGCAAAUCUCCGGUGGAGAAGACGGACGGAGGGGUGUCGUCCGACGAGGAGAUCCAGCCGCAGGUGCCUCUGUCUGGGCAGAAGACGGAGCUGUGAGUCCUGGAUGUGGAUCAGUCCUCCAGAGUGAAACCUGCUGAGUCAAAGCAGCCUCUGGAAACAUCUUCAAGUGUUAAAACUGAGGUUCAAGUCAUUGAAAUCCCGCGCUGUUACAUGUUUUGAAGUCAUUUUUCAGGUUUCAUGAGGGAGAAAUCAGAUGUAUAAUCAGUUACGUACAACAUUUCGCUCCUUUUUACCCCCACUUCAGUCAUUUAACGGUUUUUAGUAGAGUCUCCAUUGGAACUUAAAGGAUUAUGUGGUUAUCAUAGCUUGGGACCAGUUUUUCUAUUGGUUUUCAUAAUGUUUGUACUUUUGAGGCCACAAACGUGAAAAAGACUUGAAUUGUGAUUUCCGGGCUCGACAUCAUUCUUAGACCAAAAACAUAAACACUUUAGGGAUAUGUGAGAACCAUUUCUCAGUAUUUAUUGACAAAUCAUGAAUUAUCCUGUACUAAUACAUCAAAAGAAAGUCUCUAGGUGCACUCUGUAUGAAUGAUUUUACAGUAGGGCUGUGCGAUAUGACCAAAAUCUCAUCUCCCGAUAUAAGAAU